CACGUGGGAGGACAAUAUGGCGGAAAGGUCUGGUCAGAGCCUGUGGAAGAUACUAACUGGCCAUUCGGCUAUUCAAAAUACUGACCUAAUACUAUCUGAAGUUAAAACAAACAAGUCACUUUUAGUUAGUGGUAUAGCAUACUUCAAGCCACCAAGCUCUGCUUCAGAAUCAAAACUAUUGUCAUCCAAAGAUGUGUCAGGAAAAAGUGCCAAGUUUAUUCAAGAAAUCAGCAAGAAGCUUAAUUUAGACCAAUGGCAAAGCUUCCUGAUAUUUAAGAGCUUCCUUCUUGAAGGAUACUGUGGCUCACUUCAAGACAUACAUAAUCUUUUACCUAAUUCAGCAGAUCACAGCACUCUAUUAGUGAACAUCGAGGACUAUUACUAUAGAGAAAGACUUUAUAUUCUUAGAUGUGUGAAGCAAAUUUUAGGUUAUUGGCAAGAUGGCAGUCAUCCUUUUCGAGUUGUGUAUGAGAGAUGUGUCGAUGUGCUUGAGAUUACUACUGUUGCAUUUGUUUCUGGAGUCUGGAAACAGUUUGAUAAGUCUGUUAAGGAAGAAAUCCCAACUACUGUCGAGACUCCUGAUGGAGAAAGGAAAUGGGUGCAUCAAUUACUCCUGGAGCAAUGCGAAUUGCUUGAGAUUUUGCUCUUAUUUUAUAAAGAUUUUGAAUUUCCUCCAGAAAAAAUUGUGGGCUCAAUAAAACAAUACCAGGGUAUUGGGUUUGGGUAUGAAUCACGUGGUCGUUGUCAUUUGGAUGUCUCAUCUCAGCUCCUUUCCUGUCACAUCAAUCACUUGUAUACUAUCAUAUUACUGGAAGCAUUCUAUAUUGAGUGGCUACUGAAAAACAAAAGUGAUCCGGCCAAACUACAUAAGCAUCGUUUGAGUGGUUUCAAAGAAUCUAAGUCAAUAGAUAGUCUAUUACAGGAGGAGCCCUCCCAGUGUUCACCGCUGCUCCUGGCUUGGUCUGUACUCUGCUACAUGUUGACUGACGAUGAGGAUCAGGUUAAAUACCUUGAGCAAAUGAGACAACUUGACUGUCAGUCUACCUUUGCUUAUCUCCUGAAAAUGCUGGAAAGUCCCUUUUUAUCUGGAGAUAGGCCUGUUGCUGUAGUGGGUAAGAGUAUUAUCAAUACACUCGUGAGUUUAGUCAUAUCACUGUUCAGUGAGGACUCACUUGGUGAUAUUCAGGUAUUACUUGAUAUUAGCUCACACGUGCUAACUCAUCCAAGAUUGAGACUAGAGUUUUGGGAAAAUGGUCUGGAUGAUGGAUUAGGUGUACUACUAGUAUCAGCAGUGAAAAGGUUACCAUUUGAAAUUGAUCAUGUAUUGAAGUUGCUUCUCUCGCUAUCACAAGACGAGCUCUCUGCCCAGAGAGUCUUCAUGUUACUCAAUGAACUUAAUUUCUACACAGAAGAGUGUCCUGAUAAUGUUCUCAAUAAUACUAAUCUCAUACUUAAGCAUCCGAGAGUACUAUUUGAGAAAGAGUAUUUGUCUCUUGGUCUCCCUCCAUUACUGAUGCCUCCUGGUACUAAAGGAGUUGUUAGCUGCAGCACUGAUGUGAUGGAGGAAGAGGAUAAAGAGCCUCCUAGGACCAUAUGCUGGGAAUUGAUGUACUCAGUUUGGGAUUAUUUUGCAGUUCAAUUGAUACACUUACUCCAUACAUCCGGGAUAGGAAUGAGCUCAGAGAGUCAUCCAGUUGUAGACUAUGUGACAAUGAUUAUUAAACUCACAGCAAGAGUGAUCAAGUAUAACUGGUCUGUUUCAUUCAACAUUGGCCCAUUGCUAUCUAAUGUAUACAGCGUGUUACAUAAGUUUUCUGGAUUAUUGCAUCCACCAGUAUUUCUCAUAGCCGAAUGUAUCAAUUGCUUGGCAGUGAUGGCAGAGAAUCAAGCAAAAGAAGUUUGGAGACAGUUAGCUCAGACUGGAUUUCUACCACAAUUAAUCGGAUCACCACAAGAUCUACAGAUAUCUCCCAGUCAUUAUUGUAAUAUUCUAAAUGUCUGGGAGAGAGCUCACGGGUGCUAUGCUGUGACUCUAGCAAUGAUGAGACUCCUACACAGCAGUCUAUCCUCCUCUGAUACCAUAUCUGAGUACAUGCUAGCCACUAUUGUGUACAUUAUGCAGGCUGUGUUUCUAACCAGUCAGAACUGGAGGUAUAAUAGCCAGAAGGACAGAGAAGAGUUCUGUCAUCUCAUAUUGAAGCUUUGUCUCAAGGUAUUGGAGACUACUGCUAAUAAAGCUAGUGACAGUAUUCAUACUAUGCUACAUGAUUUCACUGUUGAUUUGCUGUUAACAUCAUCCGGACAUGUACUGAUAAUCAAUGUACUUGGUAUGGGAGUCAGCACUGUUAAUAAACUGAUGGCAUCGUCUCACAAUUGGUGUCAGACUUCAGUACCAAUUGAGUCUUUAAAGAUAUCAUUCAAAAUCACUGAUCUCUUAUUGCAAUGCAAGAAAACUGAAUCAGUGACACCAUUGGAGGAGGCCCUAGCUACAAGGACAGUUGGUCAUUCGUUCUUUUCAGCCUCUACUCCUCAACACAUUGUGACUAGACUGGCUUCAUACAUAUACCAUCAUGAUGACAACACUGUACCCAUAUCAGCCAUCCAACUACUAACAAGACUAGCAUCUGUAGCUCCAAUGUCAAUGUUCUCUUGUCUUGGUCAAGAGGCACUUGCUCUUAGGGAUAAUUUUGUUACUCGUCUGUCAGCAAGGACUGAAAGUAAUAACCUGAGGAUUGCUAUACUUAAUCUCAUAUCAGUAUCAAUGGGGACGCAGCCAGGACUACUGGAGUUGUUCCUAUCGUUGAGCCUACGCAGGAAGAAUGACUCAACCAGUCAGAAGAAAGAAAUGAUAAGACCUGAUAGCUGCCUCUAUCCUGUUCUGAAUAUGAUUGAUCCUAAGCACCAGGUUCCUCCAGUUGUUUCUUCAUUGCUUUCUGCUGGUAUGCACCUGCUAAGAGUCCUCUGGGAGGGUAGACAUGUUGCUGCUCUUGAGGCUGUUAGAUCCUCCGAUAAAUUCUGGGAGCACCUCAUGAAGGUUCUUUAUGAUAAUUUGCCUCAUCAAUCAGUGGAGCAAGACACCCAACAGACUCACAAGAUACGUAUCUGUGUGGAGAUAUUUCAUAUAAUAGCAUUGGAAUUAUACUAUGUUAAUGUAGGUGAUAUUGAUAAGGAUCUUAUUACAUCGAUUGGGAAGUUUGUGUCUGAUGGUUUAUACAAAAGAGUGUGUAAAGUAUUCCAGGCCAAGCCACAAGUGGAAGACUCAGAGCUGUCCUAUAAGAGUGAGGUGGGGGCAGCUGCUACUGUCUCUGUGGAAAUAAUUAAAGUACAAUAUGACCUAGCUGAGGUUUGGAAGAGAUUCCUUCUAGUAGCACUCCAUCAUCAUGAGUCAUUAUUUGAAUUACACAGUAACGACAAGAAGGAGGUACUCCUCCAGGAGCUUUUAGCUUCUCUCAUGGUUCAAACAGAGCGACUCCCACAGAGCCUGUCGGUUGUAACCGAACUGCUUACCCUCUAUCUCUCCUUAUUGAAGAAAUGGACCAGUGUUACUAUCCCUUGUAAAGUGAUUGGGAGGUUCAUCGAGAUACUCUUUUCUUUCAUUAAUUGCGAAUAUCAUCCCAACCUGUGGGAGACUCUGCCUCUAGUGUAUUCGUGUUUGAUUUGUAUCGUACGGUCACUGAAGCAAAAUGAAACUGAACUGGAAGUGCGUUACACUCAUGGUUUGAUACCACUCAUAGUACAGACACUCACCCACUACACUCAAUACUUAUCAAUGAGCACUAAGCAUUAUCCUGAAGUGUAUAGCGUGUACUUGCUGUCUGAAUUAACAGCAACAAUACUUGAGGAUGAUGAGAGUGACCAGGAGUGGUUGCUCUUAUUACAGGAUCACUCUGUUGUCAUGAUAUUAGUCCAAGCUUGUAUUGGACAUUGUGAGGCACUGUCACAUCCAGACUUUGUGAAUGCUUGCUUUUCUUUCUUCCUGACACUGGCCAUGUCAAAUAAGGGCUCUAGGGUUCUUUCAGGCAACAACAUAUUUCAAUUACUUAAUGUUAGUUUGUGUGUUGUUGUGGACAAGCUCAACCCUCAGAUUCAGAUAGGAGAUGUUAAGAGUUUAAAGGAGUUGAUGCCUCCCUCUCAAUGGCUGAAGGUUUGGCUGUCAGCUCUAAAGCUAGUCAGCAAUCUCUUAUGCUCGCAAGGACAUUAUGUGAUAGAGCCUGUCAUUAACUUCAUAGGAGCUCACUAUGAUAGAUUAGCCUGGGUUCUUGAUAUUUACAUUGCCACUCGUUUCAUGGAGUCACUGGAAGAGACAGAGAGUGUGUGUCAGUUCUUUCAAGUGCUAGUGGAGUAUCGCUCACAAUGGAGGACAGUGCUACUUCAACAGCACAACAUAACAAUCGAGAGGCUUCUUAAUCUAUUUAAUGGUGCUAUAGCUGUGCUACACAGGAAUAGAAUAAAGGAUGUCAUUAAAACCAUGGACAGUCAUGGUCUACUUCAACCUGAGGAGUCUUCCAAUGCUAUUAAAACAAAGGAGCAUUUCUCACCAAAAGUAAAUGAUGAUUCUUGGAUAAAGUUCAGUCCUGCCUACUUAAGAGUCAGGGACAAAUUAGUAUCAAUCUCUAUAUCUUGUUUGUCAGUUCUCAACUGCUACACUCCUCCACUGAAUGACCUCUUUAUGUGUUCUUUUACACAGCCAUUGGACCUUUUGGAGUGGCCACCUCUCUUUCAUCUUUUCUUUGAUCUACCUGUAUUGGAUCCAACUUGUCCUCCAUCAAUCAGCACACUGACUGGUACACUCAAUGUUGGCUGUGAGCUAUUGAAAAAGUCUGAUCCUAGUACUCGAUCUUCUUUUGUGACUGUCCCGCCGUUUCGUAGUCCAUCAAAAUCUUCUCCUCUGAAGAGUCCUGUUACCCCUGCUCCUCCACAUCGCUCACACUCUACUCCUGCAGUCCAGCAGAAACGUGCAGAGAUUUUGCUUAUGUUGGAGCUAGCAGUUGUAUUGCUAAUGUCACAGUCAGUCCGUUAUAUCAUUGACAGUGAAGUUGAUAUUGUUCAGAAGCAAGCACUGAAGAAGCUACUUGUUAGUGAACUGGGCAACUUCUGUCAGGUUUUGAUACUCAAUUUUCAUCGUAAAGGAGCUCCUUCUCCUCGCUCAUCAAGUCGUCUCUCUCUCUCAAGCUCGCGUACAACAACUUCACAAGACAGUUCAUCAGGCAGAGCUAGCAGCAGUCACAGCUUCAGUGAUGGACUGGAGCAGGGAUUGUUCAAACUAGCCGAUAUGUUCUACAAGAGCAAACUCCUCUCCUAACGCAUAUUUUUGUUUUAAUAUCCACUUUUACAUAAAAUAAACUCCCGCACUCUGAGAAUGAACCAAA